CUUCUUUUUUUUAACCUCCACAUUGAUGAUAUAUAUUGCGGAAUCUCAGCCCGUUUCUGUGUAGUUUAUCACUUUGCGUAAGCUAUAUGACAAAGAAAUAUACAUUUAUUUAAUGCAGCAAUAGCAGCAACAUGGCGCUGCUGGCUAACCCGUCUAGUGGCUCGGUAAAACUCAUCUGACAGGAGGAAACAACCAUUACAUUUGAUAUAAUCGACUGUUUUACAUCUGAAGUUGACAGACAUCCCGCAUAUUUUCUUUAAAGGACCGUCAUGCCGAAUGAGCAGCCUUGCUUAAGGGAAAACGGUCCCUGUUCACCACCAAGCAAGAAUGCUAAUGAUAAGAGCAGCAGCACAACCAUGCUGGUAAUACGUGACACUAAACAUGCAGAUGAUUCCAACAGAAGGGACUCCAGCUGCAGCUCAGAAAAAGACUCUGGGUAUUCUGAUGGUUCCGACUGGCAGCAGACAGAUGUUGAGGACCAGAAGAGCAACAAACGUCAGCUGAGAGUGACAGAACAUGCAGAGGCUCCACACACAGGCCAACCCGAAGUACAUGAUAACAGAAAUACUGGGAAUCCUACUGUGGUGCCUACCAAACUGGCCCAACCGCCCGUCUACAUCAUGAAGCAAUCAGCCGUAACUCAGAAAAGAAGUCAGUUGCGCGUGGGAAACAGCCUGAGAAUAAGCAACCCUGCUGUUUCUCCACGUAUGAUCAUUGUUGAACAGCCAAACGUCAUAGCAGCAACACGCCAGCUCCUCAACCCUUUGUCCUGGACUUCUAGUGUCACAGAAAAGAAAAUGAACAGUACCUACCUUCCCAUUCUUAACUCAUACCCUCGUAUUGCACCCCACCCUGCCAAGAAGCCGCCUGACAAGUCUUCAUCGAACCAGGAAUCCCACAAUCUGAGCAAGAGGAUGUGCACUGAACGUAGGACUGAAGACACUUCAGUAACCAGAGGUCUGUUGGAGGAGUACCAUCACAAACAACCAAAGCUGAGAGUCUCAAACUCUGUCCCCUUGAGUACCUCAUCAAGUAGAAACAGUCCGUCCUCCUCCACCUUCCCGAUUUCUUCCACAAACCCAAGAUCUCCAUCCAGCUCUAGUCUGCACACAGCAUCUUCUGACUCUCUAGAUGGAGGAAGUCAUAGGAACAUCACCACUAGUACUCGCCGUUGCCAAUUCCUCAACACGGUGGAACUUCUCAGACGGUCAGGUCUAUUGGACAUUACGUUGCGCACGAAGGAGCUGCUUCGCCAGAGCAACGCCACUGAGCAGGACAUUUCCCAGCUGCGUCAGCACACAGAGCUACUCUGCCAGGCUGUCAGCAACCCUGGCCACAGCCUGAAUGGUGUCACAGCCUGGGAACGUCUGUGUCAGGCCAUGGCAGAGUCUGGUAGCUAUCCCAACCUCAAACUGACACAGACAUCCCAGAACCCAUCACAUCUAGAUCCAGUCAGUCAACCACAAAGUAUUUCUUCAGGUAACAAGAAAAUACCACAAGCUGCUGAAAGCUCCUGCCUUUUUACCUCCAGUUUGGAGCAAUCUCUGGUAAAGCAAGACAGGAAACGUAAGACCAGUGAAAAAUCACCAAACAAAUUACCCUUUAUGUCUCCUGACAGUUCUACUGGUUAGGACAAUCUGCUGUGCCUUCAAAGACUGAGUACUGGGUACUGUGCCUCACCUAGAUAUUCAGCUUUAUUGGCAUUUUCUGCUUUACCUUACAACCUAUAAUUGAGGUGGAUCUUUGAAGAGUGUGGAUCCCCUGUCUAACUACAAAUACUAACCAGACUUUGAAAAAUUUCUAAUUGUGAGAUCAGAAAUAAGUCCAAAAAAACUAUGUUUGAAGGGAAAAGCGUAGACCUUCCUCCAGAAGACCGAUGCUCUUUUGAGUGCUGUAAUUCCAACACAUUUACUGCUGUAAAUAUUUAGAAUAUGAGUCUCUACAUUGGGCACGUUAGGCUAAUAAGAAUUUUGCAGAUUCCUCCACUGAAAACACCUCUAGCUGGUCCGGGCUCCAACAAAGCCUUUCCAACACAUUUGUAUACCAAAUCCCUACCCGUGGUCCUCGGGGCACACUAUCUUGCAUUUUACAGAUAUUUUCUUUCAACAGCACAUCUAAUUAAAUAACCUCCUCAGAAUGUCAUCACAUUCUGCAAAAAACUGCUAAUGUCUUGUUAAUUUUCUUGGUAUGUCAGAGCAGGAAAACACCUAAGGUUUUUGGCAUCGUUUUUGAGCCUAAAUGUCAUCUCUGUUUUAAGGAAAACACUGUACGUUUCCCUUAAAUUGCUAGAUUGAGAAAAGCAAUCACACACUUGUUUUUAGCAUAUUGGAUUUCAUUCAUAGGACCGAUUCUUUAUUGCAGCUUAGUGUUACUGGGCUGUAGUUCUUCCCCAGGCUUUCCCAACACCUUUUAAAGAUUUCUGGUCCUGGUCUCUGUGACUCUUUACAGAAAAACAAAGCCUCCUGACACUGACAUGAUUUAUGGCAUGCCUGUAAAAGGCACCAAAACUCAAGGGGUGGAGCAGUGUUUUGUCUACACAUAACAACCAACAACCAUUUUUAAAUUGGACCUUUGGGCACUUAGUUUGUAGCAACCUGUUGACUCACUUCCUAAAAUCUCGGCAAAACGUAACAAGUUUUAAAGUUGUAAAUUUGAUACUUUGAAAAGAACAACAUAAUUCCUGAAGAGCAGUCAGUUAAAUUCAGUAGCAAGAUUAUGUAAAACAUUAUGCAUUUUUCUAGCUGUUGGUCAGGUUAAUUUGCUGAAUUUCUUAGUAUUUUAUAAAAGCAUUACUUUUUCAGAUGUUGCUGUAGAUGUGUUUAUACAUGUUCUUUCUCCUGCUUUUCCAUUCUUCAUAUAAAGAUUUUUUACAUCGUUGAGGACACACUGCACAUCAUGCUAAGAUAUGCUAAUAGUUUGCCUUAUGGGACAAGAUUGAUUUAGGAAAAGCCUACAGAAAACCUGGAGAACUGUUGCUCCUGACCGCUUCAAAGGAUAGAAAGAAAAUGUGUAUUAUCUUACAAUGAGUCACCAUGUGGUUUAAGACUUACGCACAGUACUGUUCCACGUCACCUGGACCCAGUGUUAAAUGUUCCCUGGGAACUAUCUCUUGUAAAAUCCAACAUCUUGAGUUUGCUGCAAAUGUUUUGACAUUUGGAAACUGACCCGAAAUGAUCCCUUCAACUCCAAUUUAAUUGUGAAGUUGAUCUUCCUGACAAACUCAGCUCAUGAAAAAUCAUCAGGAGUGCCUUUUAAAGAGAGCUGUGCCAAAACGAAGCGAUUCUAGAAACCUGCUCCUGUGGAGAAUCCAGGAUUUCAGUGGUCUACCACUCAGCGACUAAUGUAGUUUAGAGCAAAACCACCAGUCAGGUAUUUUCUGUGUUCGUUGAGUGACUUGGUUUGCUGUGUGUGAUUGUUUACUGUAGGCUUUUUAAUAGCAUAAUAAUGUGCUGUAGAUGAUAUGUGAUAUUUUUGCUAAACCUGUUUUUAGACAUGAACAGAAUAGAUGAGCAGCAUUUUAAAAUAAUUUGAUGAACCUUCAA